CGGGGGAAGUCGUUACUACUGGUUAGCACUUUAUCCAUCAUGAAGAGAAAAGGAAAAUGUCACCCUAGCUUAAUGAACUUGGGCUAAUAUUAAAGUAUUUUUAAUGGAAGUCUUGAAAUUUAGGGGCAGAAGCAACAAGAGGAUCGGCAUAUGGAAUGAAGACCUCCCCCUGCUGCGCGGGGCGUGAUUAAACGCCUCUUCCGGCCCCUUGCCCCGGGCUAGAAGCAGUAGAGAGCGCUCCGCGAAGAGAGGCUUCUCGGAGGGAGCGCGAGGCAUUCUGGGAACGGAGGUCCUCCGCCACCAUCUUGCUUUCUCUGAUCCCUGUCAGUACGGGGUCACGAGUGAAUCGGAGCCAUGAAGCUGCUCACGGGCGCCGGAUCCCUCUCGAGACGAUUUUAUUCCCUCAAAGUUGCCCCAAGAAUUAAAGCCUCUGCUGCAAAAGCUCCUGUACAACUUCAUCCUGAGGAACUUGAGCUAACAAAGUUACCAAAUGGCUUAGUGAUUGCCUCUGUGGAAAACUAUGCUCCAGCUUCAAGAAUUGGUUUGUUCAUUAAAGCUGGUAGUAGAUAUGAAGAUUCUACUAAUUUUGGAGCCUCCCAUCUACUCCGUCUUGCAUCCAAUUUGACUACCAAAGGAGCUUCUUCUUUUAAGAUAACCCGAGGGACUGAAGCUGUUGGUGGUAAAUUAAGUGUGACUAGUACAAGGGAAAGCAUGGCUUAUAUUGCCGAAUGCCUCCGGGAUGAUGUUGAUAUUCUAAUGGAGUUCCUGCUCAAUGUCACCACAGCACCAGAAUUUCGACGCUGGGAAGUAGCAGAUCUUCAGUCACAAUUAAAGAUUGAUAAAGCAGUUGCUUUUCAAAACCCCCAGACUGGUGUGAUUGAAAAUCUGCAUGCUGCAGCUUAUCGGAAUGCCCUUUCUAAUUCCUUGUAUUGUCCAGAUUAUAAGAUUGGGAAAAUUACUCCAGAAGAGCUUCAUUACUAUAUACAGAACAAUUUUACAAGUGCAAGGAUGGCUCUGGUUGGACUUGGUAUAAACCAUAUUGUUCUGAAGCAAGUUGCCGAGCAGUUUCUAAACAUGAGAGGUGGGCUUGGCAUGUCUGGUUCAAAGGCUCACUACCGUGGAGGUGAAAUUCGAGAGCAGAAUGGUGAUAGUCUUGUCCAUGCUGCCAUUGUAGCCGAGGGGGCUACCUCAGGAAGUGCAGAGGCAAAUGCAUUUAGUGUCCUUCAGCAUGUCCUUGGUGCAGGGCCUCAUGUUAAGAGGGGCAGCAAUGCCAGCAGCCAGCUGCAUCAGGCUGUAGCCAAGGGAACAAACCAACCAUUUGAUGUUUCAGCCUUUAAUGCAAAUUAUUCUGAUUCUGGACUCUUUGGAAUUUAUACUAUAUCUCAGGCUGCAGUUGCUGAGGAUGUUAUCAGGGCUGCUUACAACCAGGUAAAAGCAGUUGCUCAUGGUAACCUUCCUGAACCAGAUGUCAUAGCAGCUAAAAACAAACUAAAAGCUGGGUACCUGAUGUUAAUCGAGUCUUCAGAGGGAUUUCUGGAUGAAAUUGGGUCCCAGGCCCUGGCAUCUGGUUCAUAUGUCACACCAUCAUCUGUUCUUCAAACAAUUGACUCUGUGGCUACUGCUGAUGUCAUAACAGCAGCAAAGAAAUUUGUUUCUGGCAAGAAGUCAAUGGCAGCAAGUGGAAAUCUGGCCAAUACCCCAUUCCUUGAUGAAUUAGAAAAAUGAAGCACCUACAAUGGAAGAAAACAAAAAACUUUCUCAACACAAACUGGCAGAAUAGCCCUUGGUGAAAGAUCAGAAUUUAUUAACACUAUUCCAUCUUUUUAUUUAUGAAUUGAAAAAUGGCAAAACAGAAAUGCAGAUAAAUUGCACCUGGUCUAAUGUAAAGCCAAUAAAACAUUUUAUUUAAAAUGCUUUU